AUGCUCGACGUCGAAGGUAAGAGGCCACUUACCUCCCAGAACAUCAAGGACGAGGACGGUAAGGUCCUUCGGGACCCCACGCUUACCCGCCAGCGGUGGGCGCGGUGGUUCCACAAGCUCCUUAACACCAAGUCGCCGACCAUCGACCUGCAUGCGACCGACAGAGUCAAGCAGUGGCCCACGUGCGUUCCGCUCGACGACAUCCCGUCUCUCUUCGAGGUUGAGGAGGCGGUGCGGGGAAUGGCCAACAGGAAGGCCGUCGGGCCGGACGACCUACCGGCUGAGCUGAUCAAGCUGUUCCUGGAUGGAGACCGAGGCUUCCUCCGCGAAUUCCACGCCAUCGUCGUGGACGUGUGGCAGACGGGGAACGUACCGCAGCAGUGGAAGGACGCCACCAUCAAGGUUCUGUUCAAGAAGGGGGACACGAUGGAGUGCGGCAACUACCGGGGCAUCUCUCUCGUUGCACACGCCGGCAAGGUGCUGCUUAAGGUCGUUGCAACACGCCUAAGCCACUACUGCGAGCGAGAGGGCAUCCUCCCGGAGGAGCAGAGCGGUUUCCGCCCACACCGGUCGACGCUCGACAUGCUGUUCGCGAUCCAGCGGCUCCAUGAGCUCGCGAGGAAGAAGAGUACUGCGGUCUUCGCGUGCUUCGUCGAUCUCACCAAGGCGUACGAUUCGGUGGACCGAGAUCUGCUGUGGGACGUGCUCGGACGCUUUGGCGUGCCCCCGAAGAUGCUGGCGGUCAUUCGCCACUUCCACGAGGGCAUGAGGGCGCGGGUUCGAACGGACGACGGGCAGUACUCGGAAUGGUUUGACGUCGGCCAAGGUCUCCGACAGGGGUGCAACCUGGCCCCGCUGCUGUUCAACUUGUUCUCUGCCGCGAUGCGCAUGGUCGCAGUGACCGAGUUCGACAAGGACCCCAAGGUGACGGCGGAUAUGAUCAAGAUCGCAACACGAGUGGAGUGCACGGGCAAGAGGGGCAGGUCGGCGGGGAAGAAGGCGAUGAUGGUGACGGUCGCAGAGGCCCUGUGGGACAUGCUCUACGCUGACGACGCGGCCAUCGUCUCGCUCACGCCGGAGAGCCUCGAAAAGAUGAUGUCCAUCAUCGUGCGCGUGGCCGGCCUGUUCGGACUGAUGGUAUCGGAGCCAAAGACGGAGAUCAUGUGCAUGCUACCGAAAGGGCUGGGGGAACGCCCGUUCGCGGUCAGCGCCGCUGGCCAGACGUACAAGCAGACAGAUCGGUUUGUGUACCUCGGACGUACCAUCUGCGCGGAUGGGAAGGUCGACCGGGAGAUCACGAGCCGCAUCUGCCGAGCAUGGAAGUGCUACCGCCGCAACAGCACUUCGAUGUACGACAGGAAACGGGCCAACCGCCAGCGCAAGAUCCGACUACUCCAGGCUGAAGUGGUGCAGACCCUCCUAUACGGGUGCGCCUCGUGGAGCCUGGCAGCGGAGCACUACACCAAGCUGAAUGGGACCUGUCUCUUAUACACAUCUAGAUGUGUA